AUGGCUCUGCGAACGACAUCAAAAACCGCCCUUAUAGUGUAUGCCCACCAGGAACCGAAAUCCUUUAAUGCAGCACUGAAGGAUGCGGCUGUGAAUUCCCUGGAAAAAGCUGGAUAUUCUGUUGAGGUUUCCGAUCUCUACGCUCAAGGCUUCGACCCUCGAGCCACCGUAGAUGACUUCACAGGUACGUUGUCCAACCCAAACCACUUGCGAUACAACGAGGAGGCAAAGAAUGCAUAUAAGACGUCUACAAUGUGUGCCCAGACCAAAGCCGAGGUUGAAAAAGUUAGAAGAGCUGACGUCAUCGUGUUUCAAUUUCCGGUGUACUGGCUGUCUGUUCCUGCCAUUUUGAAGGGUUGGUUCGAUAAAGUGCUAGUAGCUGGAUUUGCCUUUGAUUUUCCAAACCAUCUUUAUGACAAUGGUCUGUUGAAGGGUAAAAAGGCAAUUCUCUCCGUGACAACGGGGUCAACAGAGAUAAUGAAUUCAGACCGCGGCGUUUCUGGUGAUAUCAAUAUAUCUUUAUGGCCGAUACAGUACGGCACGUUACGGUUCUGUGGAUUCGACGUCAUGCGACCACAUAUAUGUUUCUGUCCCGGUUAUACUCCAGACGAUAGAAGGAAAGAAAUAUUGGAAGAAUGGAAGAAUAGAUUGCAGGAUUUACAUACAGAAACUCCAAUAGACUUUGUUUCUGUAAACAAUUUUGAUCCAGAGAAAUGGUUUAUCAUGAAAGAAGACUGCCUAGAGGAGGCGUUAAAAAGUGACACAGCUUUAUCUGUUGGCCACCAUCUAGGAAAGAAGCUACCAUCUGUAAAAUAAUUAAUAAGGGUAUAGUUCAACCACUUUCGGUCCCC